UCUAGACUUUAAUCGUAGGCGUGGUAAAUGGCGAUUGCACGAGCAAACUUAUAAUUAUAAUUAUUAUCCGCAAUCUGAUAAUCUUUUUAGACCAGAGUACAAUUGCCUUUACGAACCAGAACAUCCUCUAGAUACUACAGUG